ACUUUUCAAAACGGCUUUAUGUGCUGCGAUUGCAGGCAUAAGUGGAGCAUGUUUGGUGUGCAAGUAUCCGUAUAUGCAUUUAUAAUCAAAGGAAUCCAUCAAAAGUCACUGCGGUUGCGGCGGCUGCACCGCUAUCGAAAACAGAUUAGAAAAGUCGCGCGACUUCUAAAUGUAGUGCACAAAAGUACUUACCAGUACUGUUAUGAUAUUCAUCUACAGAUACUAUAAUCCACAAAUAAAAACGGAAUAAUUUUAGAAGUUAAACCCGCUCUUGCUUUCGCACCGAUCGGAUAAUCACUAUGAAGGCUCAGGUUGCACUGGUUACCGGUGGUGCUUCCGGAUUGGGUUUGGCAUGCGUGGAACACUUUUGUAAGCUUGGCGUCAAAGUGAUCGCAGUAGACCUUCCGGGAGAUGGAAAAGCAACAGAACUGGCAAAAUUUGGCGAUGCGGUUCAGUUUAUGCCUGCCGAUGUUACCAGCGAACAAGAUAUUAGUCAAAUUAUCGACCAUAUUGAAAAGCAGUAUGGACAUCUGGACGUGUGCAUUAAUUCGGCUGGCAUCCAGGUGCGGCAGCUGGCAUACGAUUUCCAGAAACAAAAGCCUCAUGAUCUCCAAUUAUGGACCAAAGUUUUAACGGUAAACACCAUGGGAACAUUCAAUGUCCUGUGUUUAGCUGUGGGACUGAUGGCCAAAAACACGCCCAACGAGGACGGUGAACGGGGCGUGGUUAUCAAUCUAUCCAGCUCCCUGGGUUUCGAAGGAUCCGCGGGAUUUUCGGCCUAUGCGGCAAGUAAGGCGGCCAUCAACGGGAUGACAUUGCCGUUGGCCAGGGAAUUCGGACCAAUGGGCAUCCGGGUGGUCGCCAUUGCGCCAGGAUUAAUGGAAACGCCAAUGACCACAAAUUUUCCACCGCAGUUGAAAGACGCACUGUUUGAGCGAUUUACCAAUAUUGCCGCUUUUCCCAAAAGAGCCGGUAGAGCGGAAGAGUUGGCCAGAUUUGUCCAGUCUGUCGUCGAAACACCGAUGAUCAACGCCGAAGUAAUCCGUUUCGAUGGCGGAUCCCGUAAUCCUUGAUACUGCGUUCAAAGUUGCAUGGCCAUUUUAAAUUUGGUUGGCAGACAUGCUUCGUAUAUUAUAUUAUAAAGAUACAGUACUUUGCCUGAGCCGUGAGAAAUAAGGCGAAGUAAAGUAAAUGGCUUACAAUCAGCUGCGGCGUGCACAUAUCUGUACAGAGUACAAUCAUGUAAACGUGUCAGUCGCAAAUUUCAGGACGGGAACAUCUCGGGGGCGGUGCAGCAGUUGAUCAGCCAGGAAACAGUACUGCCACCGUCCCCAGAGACCCUCGUUGCCCUGAACGAAAAACACCCUCCCAACCCCCCGAUCACACACCCGCCCCCGGGAGCCGCACUUCAGUCAGCUCCUGAGAUUACCUCCAAAGAGAUCGUCGACGCUAUUAAAGCUUUCCCUAAUGGAUCUGCAGCAGGUCCCGAUGGCCUGAGGCCACAAUACCUGAAAGAGUUGGUCGGGAUAAAAAACCGUGAAACAGCAAGAAAGCUUGGUGCGUCGCUGGCCAGCGUAACGAACAUCAUGUUGAGGGAGAAGUGCCCUCGGAAAUCAGGCCCAUGCUCUACGGCGCUUGCCUUUUUGCCUUUAGGAAGAAAGACGGUGGAAUUCGGCCUAUCGCCGUCGGUCUAGCUCUACGCCGCAUCAUGUCCCGCAUUGUGUCGUUCCGCUCACGCCAUUUAUCAGACAUUCUGCAACCAGUUCAGCUAGGUUUUGCGACCAAAGGAGGUGUUGAAGCAGCAGUCCAUGGCGCCAGAUCCUUCAUUGAAGACGGUUUGAAAUGCGACAGGCCCCAGGUAUUCCUCAAAUUAGACGUAAAAAAUGCGUUUAAUUCUCUCGACAGAAACUGCAUCCUUGAAUCCACUAAAGAAUUUCUACCAGACUAUUAUCCAUAUAUAUGGCAGUGUUAUGGCGCGCCGUCUGUGUUGAUCCAUGGUGCUAACCGUAUAUCGUCCCAGGCGGGUAUCCAACAGGGCGACCCCCUCGGCCCGCUACUGUAUUGUCUGUCAACCUUUGGAUCGUAUAAACAUCUUAAAUCCGCUUUCCGUGAAAGCUUUCUGGAUGAUGACGCUCUGGGUG